UGAUUUGAAUUGUCAUUGGUUGGAUGUUUGAGUUUUAAAAUUCGCGCGCAAUUGCACGUAGUCACGUGACUAUUUUAGGCGGAAGGAAACCUAACCUCAAAAUUAUUGUCCGUCAAAGCGUUGUGUUUUUUUGGGUAUAAAAUAAGUGUUUGUUAAUUGAAAAUAAUCUUUAUAAUCAUUAAUAUUAAAGUAGUUAUAUUGUUUUAUUUGGAAUAUUGAUUAAAUUAGAGUUAACAGUGAAGUGAUAAAACGUUUUCUUUGAGCGAUGGGAAAUAAUUUAUCCGCAUACAUAAGAGGAGAUUUAUACUCGCAAUUUUUGUUAUCAUCUUUCAAACUUUUACUUGAUUUCUUUCGAUAAAAUGUUUAUUAAGGGUACCAAUUUACAUACUACACAAUAAUGAAGGAAAUGAUGUUGGAGUUUUUUCAAUUAUGUAAAACAACUGGGAAAUUUAUAUCAGGAAGGGAGGCUCAAUCUAUACUCCAUUUUUCAUUUAUUUCACUUUGAUGAGACUUUUAUGAGGCGAACGAUGAAUCGCAAAUCGGGAAUGUAGAACCUAGCAGGAUCGAAGGAAGGUCCUUUCCUCCACCUUCUUCAUCACUUCAUUGUCACCUCAUCCUUGACCACCAACCUCACAUCCAUUGCUUCGACUUGGAAACUGCAAGGAUACGAUGCGGAAUAAUCAAAGAAAAAUUGAGCCGAGAGUGGAGACAGUGUUGGCGGUGAUGUUCCUGAUAAUGGUUGGCCUUGACCUUGCAAGGUGUUCGCCACCUCACAGAAGUAGACACCAUGCGGAUUUGUCGCACGAGGAGCCGAAGAAUAUGAGAUCGAUAGAGGUCAACGAGGAGUUACCGCGGGCCGAGCCGCUUGGCUCGAACCCGGAGGACGAUCCUCUGAUCGUUCAAACACGAACGGGCCGGGUGAAGGGUACGACCUUGACUGCUACAACUGGCAAAAAGGUCGAUGCUUGGUUCGGCAUUCCCUAUGCACAAAAACCAAUUGGUGCGUUGAGGUUUCGUCAUCCAAGGCCAGCAGAACCUUGGCAAGGAGUCCUUAACGCGACAACACUGCCGAACAGUUGUGUUCAAAUUCUGGACACCGUCUUUGGGGAUUUCGCCGGUGCAACAAUGUGGAAUCCUAAUACAGCACUUAGUGAGGACUGUCUUUAUGUAAAUGUUGUCGUUCCGCAACCCAGGCCUACUAAUGCCGCUGUCAUGGUAUGGAUAUUCGGUGGUGGUUUCUACUCGGGUUCUGCAACCCUGGACGUCUACGAUCACAGGACCCUUGUGUCUGAGGAGAACGUUAUCUUAGUUUCAAUGCAGUAUCGAGUCGCAAGUCUCGGUUUUCUUUACUUUGGAACAUACGAUGUGCCAGGCAAUGCUGGCCUCUUCGAUCAACUCAUGGCACUUCAGUGGGUACACGACAAUAUCGCGGCUUUUGGCGGUAAUCCCGACAACGUCACACUCUUUGGCGAAAGUGCCGGUGCAGUUUCCGUCUCAAUGCACUUACUGUCGCCUCUAUCUAGGCAACUAUUCAAUCAGGCAAUAAUGCAGUCGGGUUCGCCAACAGCUCCAUGGGCAAUAAUAUCCCGGGAGGAGUCGAUAAUACGAGGUAUCCGAUUAGCGGAAGCAGUUGGUUGUCCGCACGAUGAAAAUGCACUUCAAGAAGCUAUUGAUUGUCUUCUGAUAAAAGAUCCAGUUGAAUUGGUCAAUAGUGAAUGGGGUACUUUAGGUAUUUGUGAAUUUCCCUUUGUUCCUGUAAUUGAUGGUUCCUUUCUCGAUGAUACGCCGCAACGUACACUAUUGACGGAAUCAUUCAAGAAGGCAAAUAUUCUUAUGGGCUCAAAUACUGAGGAGGGAUUUUAUUUUAUUAUUUACUAUUUAACGGAAUUAUUUCGAAUCGAUGGAACUGAAGAUGUUAAAGUAUCGAGAGAUGAAUUUAUUAAAGCAGUCACUGAAUUAAAUCCCUACGUGAAUCAAAUUGCACGUACAGCAAUUGUUUAUGAGUAUACGAAUUGGGUUAAUCCCGAUGAUCCCGAUGACAAUCGGAAUGCUCUAGAUAAAAUUGUCGGCGAUUAUCAAUUUACGUGUAAUGUUAAUGAAUUCGCUGGAAGAUACGCCGAGACGGGAAAUACUGUUUAUAUGUAUUAUUACAAGCACAGAUCGAAAAAUAACCCUUGGCCAAGAUGGACGGGUGUCAUGCACGCUGAUGAAAUUAAUUAUAUUUUUGGAGAGCCACUCGAUCCCACCAAAGACUACACUCAGGAAGAGAAACGCUUGUCACAGAGAAUGAUGAAGUAUUGGGCAAACUUUGCGAAAACAGGAAAUCCAAAUAUGGGUGACAAUGGAUCUUGGACUGACGUACGUUGGCCGCAACACACAGCUGCCAAAAAGGACUAUUUAACACUUGACACCAACUCCACAGAAAUUGGUUACGGUCCCAGAGCAAAACAAUGUGCUUUCUGGAAAAAGUACAUUCCUCAAUUGCUGUCUACCACCGCGAAACUUGAUUCAAAGGAGACAUGCAGCGGUUCGAGUUCUCAGUUGAGGCGCGAGACGAGCUUUUACUCUCUUCUUUUAAUUUUGAAUGUCGCACUCGUUCUCAUCUUUACAAUGAUACCAGACACAACGCUUCUAAAUACAAGAGGCUUCGUCUAGCUCACAAGUCAAAUCGCUGUCAUAUUCGGUAGCUAGGCAAAAAAAAAAAAGAAGAAAAAAAAUAAUGGAAAAAAAAGUCCCUCAACUCGGUCCGGAACCAAAAUUAUUACUAUUAUUAUUGAUCGUCCCGCAACGAACUACAAAGCAGACAUAUCAUCAUUAAUUCGCCACGCAAUUCUUUUUGAGAGAGAGAGAGAGAGAAAAAACUGGGAAAAAAAAAUUGAAGAAAAUUAAACGAUUUUUGAAAAUUUACAGCCCUGAGACAAUUUCUCAAUUUUACACCAGGAAAAAAUUUAAUUUCCAUCACUAAUUGAAACGAAAGGGGAAAAAAGGGAGAAAAGGAGAAAAAAGGCUAAAAAGGAAAAAAGACAAAAAAAAACGGGGGUAAAAGGAAAUAGUAAGGAAAAAGAAAUAAAAUGAAACAAAUUCUUUCAUUGGAAUCAAGGGAUAAAAUUUGAUUGAAAAUUGAAAAUUAUCGAUAAUAAGAAUCGAAAUUUGUUCUUUUCGAGAAGGAGAAAAAAAGGAAGAAAAAGA